AUGAGUUGGUCGCUAGCCGCACCCAAAACGCCUCAUACAGAGCCGCAGACUUAUCAGCUCAGCGAAGACAAAACUGCUCACAUCGUGCACGAUGAUCAUGGAGCGCUAAGAGUUGUGCAUGAGCUCAACCCUGACAAGCAUACAGAGCUUGGCCGAAUUGCCGCUGAAGCAGGCGCUAAAGAGCAUGCCAAUGGUGUAGACGGCGUUGCAGACACACACGAGGAAGAGACCGAAGAUGAAGACCUUGAAGAUACAGUAUUGGCCGUCAAAGCAACACAAUCAAAGUCUCAACAGCCCCGGGCAACUCCUCAAUUGUCCCACCAGCGUUCCGUAGUCAUUCAGGAGACUCCGACCGCUGCCCGUGUCAAUGGCGUCAAUGAGUACCCAAAUGACACUGAGAUGAAUAUCAACCAACCGGAGCUGACGAAACAGACACCGGAGUCAGAUCAAGUGGACCACGUUGAAGUAGAGCCUUAUUCGACAGCUCGCACUGGCCAAUCACAGAAAGCUUGGAACGUUAUAAGAGAAGUAACAGAACCACAAGACAACUUCUUGGACGCUCCUGGAAAUGAAGUGUCUGACCUAGAAGAGACACCGGCGCAGGUAACUGUUGGACGUACUAAACGCGCCCCGAAAGUGGUAGUGAAGAAGCGGCCAAACCCGGCGAGGAACGAUGAGGAUCCUGAUGCGGAACCUCCUGAGCGACCAUUGAAGCGUACUAAGAGAGCUGCACCGAGUGACAACGACACUCAGGACAGUCGACUAAGCAACAUCGAAGUAGAAACUUCGCCGGCACCUGCAGCCGCCACCGCUAAGAAGGGUCGACCACGAAAGUCGGCUGUCAAGGAAUUCGAAGAUCGGUCUGUCUCAGUUCAAACUGCUGAACCUUACUCCGGAGACACGCCUCGUGUGGCCACAAGUAACUCCAGCAUAACAGACAAAAGUCAUGCUGUGAAGUUUCUGAAGAAACAGGGUGCCACCCUCGUUGAGUCUACUAAAGAGGGAUUCAACAUUCUGUGGUAUGCCUAUCUCUGCUCAUAUUUGGGUUCUUCACUGACAUCAGCUAGUGUUCGAGAUGGUGAUCUUUACAAUACAUCUAAAGUCCUACAAGCAGUUGCGACCGGCACGCCCAUUGUCACCGACAAGUGGCUGACUGACUCGGCGAAGGCAAACCAGUUUUUGUCUGUAGAUGCUUACCGACCUUCUGUGCCCAAGCAAGAGAAGGAAUGGAAGUUCAAGCUUGAUGAUAUCUUCGGCCAGCCCCAGACACCCUUCGAAGGCUACAUUAUCCAUUUCACAACCAGUGCUCAUGCAUUGUACAAGCCAUUCACCGAGAUUGAGCAGGUUUGUAAGGCCGCCGGUGCAGUGAAGGUCACCAAAAAGAAGAUGGACAAGAGUGGUAAGGUUAUCGUGCUUGCUGUGGAGGGAGAGGACAAGGAGGCCGAGAAGCUCAUGCAGGAUGGGAUCACCUGCUACUACCGACACUUACUACCCAUGAGCAUCUUCCGAGGAACGCUUGAUCUUGAUAGCGACGAGUUCAAGAUUAGCGCUGGCGGUACCGAUGAGGCUGCGGAUACAACGAAGGAGUCGAGGUCGAGGCGGGGACGCAAAGGUUGA